AUGCCCUCAGAAAAUCUCACCUGGGUGACUGAAUUCAUUCUCAUGGGAGUCUCAGAUCGCCCAGAGCUCCAGAUUCCCCUCUUCUUUGUUUUCCUGAUCAUCUAUGGGCUGACCAUGGCAGGGAACCUGGGCAUCAUCACCCUCACCAGUGUUGACUCUCAGGUUCAAACGCCCAUGUACUUCCUCAGGCACUUGGCUAUCAUCAAUCUUGGCGAUUCUACUGUCAUUGCCCCGAAAAUGCUGGUAAACUUCUUGGUUUCAAAGAAAACCAUAUCGUACUAUGGUUGUGCAGCCCAGCUGGGUGGGUUCCUGGUUUUUAUUGUUGGUGAGAUUUUCAUGCUGGCCACAAUGGCCUAUGACCAUUAUGUGGCUAUUUGCAACCCCCUGCUGUAUAAGGUGAUGGUGUCUCCACGGAUCUGCAUACUACUGGUGUCCCUCACAUACCUCUACAGUCUGACCACAGCACUGACCGUCUCCUCCUGUGUGUUCUCCGUGUCAUACUGCUCUUCCAAUGUAAUAGACCAUUUUUACUGUGAUAAUGUCCCUUUGUUGGCAUUGUCUUGUUCUGAUACCCACAUUCCAGAAAUAAUAGUGUUUACCUCUGCAGGGACCAAUUUGUUUUUCUCUAUGAUUAUUGUUCUAACAUCCUACUUUAAUAUUGUCUUUGCCAUUUUGAGGAUACAUUCCUCAGAGGGCCGACGAAAAGCCUUUUCCACCUGUGCCUCUCACAUGAUGGCUGUCGCUGUGUUCUAUGGGACCCUUCUUUUCAUGUAUUUGCAACCAAGGACCAACCACUCAUUAGAUACUGAUAAAAUGGCCUCUGUCUUCUACACCCUAGUGAUACCAAUGCUGAAUCCCCUCAUAUACAGCCUAAGGAACAAGGAUGUGAAGGAUUCAAUGAAGAGAUUCCUAAAGAAUCCUUGGCAGGCUUUCAAAUUAAUGUAA